GCAUAUCUAGCUAUGAAUGUUAAACAAUCCUUAGCCUCAUUGACUCGGCUAUUACUAUCAAGGACACUAUAUAAUAUUAAGCUAACAUUUAAAAAAAUGAUGCCAUUCUUUGAACUCCAAUAUGAACCUUGACCUCGUUAUUAAAUGUAUAUCAGUCAAGCGUAUUUUCCGUGUGGAAUACCGGAAACAAGCUUGGCACCUUAUCACCUAUCAAAGACACUUCGUUACCAUUCACCUAAAUCACUUGCACAUUCCAAAUCGUCCAUCCAGUGAAUCCCCAGAAUUGAAUCAAUAUGUCUUUGGGUCGACAUCAUUGUUCGAGGUUGAGAAUCAUCAUGCUCUUGGUUGUCGUUAUUCUUGUGACCCUAAGCUUUGGGCAAAUCUCAGAAAAAAGGGUUUCGUUUGAAAUUAACCAGGUGUGUGGAGAGAACCCGAAAGAGCCCAUCGCUUUGACCGGAUACCAAACGGGAGACUUUGCCGUCGGAACCCAACUGUGGACUUGUCCAGAAGAUAUCAAAAAGCAAGCUGAAGGAACCCCGUAUCAUAUUGUUGGCUGCAUAAGAGAUCCCAACUCUCAAGAUUUGAUCCCUCUGAUGACGGACCGAGUUCCCUCCACGCCCCGUCUGAGUCCAUUGGGGUCAAACAGAGCGGUAUUCAUCAGUGGACAGGAUCUUUUGCAAGACUUCACCACCAAGCUGGAUUCGCGGAAUUGCAUUGGAUUUCAGAGUAUCCUCAAUUCCAAGUUAAUCGAAGCCUUGGAGCUUGGAAACACAACCGCUCUUCAGCUUCUGGUCAAGCAAGGAGCUCAAUUGGAGAGUGUGAACAAACAAGGCCACAAUAAUUUGCUGCUAGCCUCUUGGGGCGGACACGUUCAAACAGUGAAAUAUUUGCUUCAAGAAGGAGCCAAUGUCAGGAGCAAAUCACAUUCCGGUCACACUGCCUUACAUGCAGCUGCUCAAGUUGGAUCGACAGAGACCGCUGCAGUUCUCGUGGAACAUGGGGCCAAUGUUAAUGUUCGAACUAAUGAUGGACGCACCGCAUUUUAUUUGGCCUGCUUAUUUGGGCAUUUAGAUACCGCCCAGUUCCUUCUCAAACAAGGCGCAGAUCCGAUGAUUAGAGACAAAAGCAAGAGUUUGGCACUUCAUGGUGUAAGUAGCGCAGGAUUUUUACCGGUUAUCAAAUAUCUUCACGAAGAAGUGGGGAUGAGCUUGAAUGACGCGACUGUCUUCAAAUCUACCCCUCUCAUAUUGGCCAGCUCUAAUGGCUGCUUCGAAUGUGUCCAGUAUCUUGUGGAACAAGGUGCCAAUCUCCAAGCCAAGGACAAGCGGGGAAGAAACUCGUUGUAUAUGGCUGCGGCUGCAGGUCACUUGGAUAUUGUUGACCAUCUCCUGAGCUCUGGAUUGACCGUACAAGACUCUGUUGAUCAUAGGGGGCAAACCCCAUUGCUCGUGGCGGUUAUUGGUGGAAAUCUAAGCUUGGUCAAACUCUUGCUGCCUCUGAGUUUCGACCAUCUCAAUCAAGUUAGCUCUUUCGGGCAAAUCACUCCGCUUAAGAUGGCGGCUUCGGACGGCAAUCUUCCCAUAGUUAAAGUUCUUCUGGACACAGGAGCAGACGUUAAUCUGGCGUAUCCACUUCAUGCCGCAAUUUCAAAUUCCCACACAGCCACAGCCCUUCAUCUCAUUGACCAUGAGGCGAAGAUUGAGGGGGAUCCAAACAAAAAAGUACUUCCAUGCCUCCAUCUAGCCGCUAAAUCUGGCAAUACUAUGAUUAUUGAACGCCUCAUCGUUUUGGGAGCCCAGGUAAAUCAAAUAUCCUUCCAAAAAGGCGAGACUCCGAUAUUUUUUGCCGCCAAACGGGGCCAUUUCCGCGCGGUGAAGGCGCUAAUGAGGAACGGGGCCGAUCCGUUGAUGAGAAACUCGGAAGGAACAAAUAUUUUGUUUUAUGCUAUUCCGUACCCCAAGAUCUUGGCAUUCUUAUUGAACCGAUCAACAUUGGAUGUCAAUGAAAUUUCACCGCUCUUGAAUGCCACUCCAGUGGCCUUGUCAGUCGAAGUUGACGCCUUAGAUACUCUCAAGUAUCUCUUAACACAUACGAAAGCCAACGUAAAUCACAUGAAGGGAAAGAUUCCGCUCAUCGAAUCAGCUUCGGUGGAUAAUCCAGCUUUCCUUCAGACCCUCCUGGAAUACGGGGCAAACGCGAACGUUACGGAUUCUUCAGGGUGGACAGCCCUCCAUUUUGCAUCAAGCAAUGGAUUCCUGUCUCAUGUGCAGACCCUUCUGGAUCAUCGAGCAGAUGUCAAUGCAAGGAAUGAUGAUGGUUCAACACCACUACUUUUGGCUGCAAGCCAAGGUCAAAUCGAUGUGGUGAAGGUCCUGAUCGCAAGGGGGGCAAAUUUGAAUCCCGCAGAGAAGACAGCGAACACGCCCCUCUAUAAAGCCGCCAGGAAUGGUCACCUUGGUGUGGUCAAAUACCUUUCUGAACGUUUGGAUUCUGGAAACGAUUCAAAGUUUGCUGCCAUCAAAGCAGCAAAGAAAAAUGGUCAUGAUAACAUUAUGGAAUAUCUUCUUUCGAUUCAAUUGUAAAGAAUGCAUUGGGCAUGUGAAAAUGAAGUAAAGGAAAUUCAAGGAAAACUUUA